AUGGAUUUCUUUGCCAGGAGGAAACCCAGACCGCGUCAGUCGUCUGUGUCAGGUCGUGACUCGAGGACGAUCACGCACACUUAUCGGAAGAGCGAAGCCUCUUUUGCAUCGGGCAGGCGCAGUCCGACAGGUUCUGAGCUUGGUCACCCGGUCUCACCAUCGAAUACGAUACUACGAGCUAACCACAUCUCAAACACGGAAUAUGACAGGCCACCCCGCUUCUCCAGUGCGACAGCCCACUCAGACAGUCAUUCGACUCACCUAUCUCAAAUGUUUCACAAGCAGCACGGCGACGAGUUUGAAUUUCCGCGACCCGAAAGAGACGAAGAUAUUGAGGCUCUUUUCUCUUAUGUAGCGGAAAUGCGGGACCUAUCCAACGUUGAUCUUAACCUCACCAUUGAGCAGAAAUGGAAAAUGGUUUACGCUGCAGAGCAGAUCCGGUGGCAACAGGAGAAAAACAGAGAGGAACAGGCCAGGAAGCAGGGCGAGACAGGCGGCGCUGGUCUGACCGGCGAUGGGUCUCCUCAAUGGUAUAUCAGGAAAUUUAUGGAUGGUACCAUUACACCGAAGGAGGCGUCGAGUGUCUGGGUGUCUUUGAGGGGACACGAAAAUAGCUGGCUUGAAUCCUUUCUCUUAUGGCGAGGUACCGCGGUUCUGGCACAAGCCUUAACACAGAUCAGUCGUAAGAAGGAAAACAGGAAUGCUACCGACAUCGCCCUAGAACAUGAAAUUGCCAAGUGUCUUAAAGUGAUAUUCAACAACAAUGUCAGGGUUCGGGAAGCUGUUAAAAGCCCGGGCAUCGUAACUCAAGUCAUCUCCUCACUCAAUUCCCCGAGCCUGUCUACUCGUCGAACUAUAACUGAAGUUAUUCUGUCUAUCGUUCACUGCAGCGAAGAUUCGUUGGACCACGUCAUCAAUGGGUUCAAAUCACUUAGUGAAAGCCAAUCUACUGCACAGCCGGCAGGAUGUUAUGAGUACUGGUUUUCCUCUUUACGAACUGCCCUUCAAGGGAGAGGUAAAAUGGGUAGCCUUGUUGGCGCGAGCGACGAGAUUAGGAAGACCAGCGGAAGCGACACGGCGUUGACUGAUUAUGCGCUCUGCAGUGUGGCCCUUAUCGUGCAAAUAUUGCACACUAUCAAGGAUUUCGAUCUCAGAAUAGACCACCGGUCGCGUAUGGAUUCAUCUGGACUUCAGUCUAUCAUUACACUCUGCCGUGAGCUUGAAGUCGUUGGUAUAAACAAACAGCUCAAUGACCUCGAACGCCUUUUGGCGGAGGACGAGUCGCGGCUCCGCGAACGUGAGGACGAAAGAGUAUUGCGCGACUUUGCCAACGCAGAGGAUAUCUGGAAGGCUUUACGGGCUCGUACAGUUGGCUCUCGUGCAGAGGACCAUUUUCUUUCAAUUCUCCGCCAUUUAUUAUUAAUCCAAGAAGAGGAUUCCCAGCUGGUACACUAUUACCAACUGUUGGAUCUAGUCGUAACGGAUGUAGUAAUGGACCACAAGCUUGGAACUGCUGAGCAAAGGUUGGGACAUUCGGUGAGAAAGCUGAUCGCACAAUUGAACGAAGUUGACCGGCUGCAAAUGGCCGAGGACGAUGCUGCGAAGGCUCGUUCACAGGCACUUCAGCUCAAAAUGGAGAAAGAAGCCUUGGAGGAGGAGAUAUCACAGGGUUUUGACGGUCUGGUUGGACAACUCAAGGAGAAGGUGGCCCACCUCGAACAGAAACUCAAUACUGCACGUGACACGACGGUGCGCCUCCAAAACCAGCUUGAGGCACAGAAAACUGGAUACGAAGAGAGAAUAGCACAAUUGGAAGCCCAAAUCAUGGAAUUGUUUAGGAUGUUAAAGGAGGUCGGGAAGGAUGCUGAAGAGAUCAUCGAAGCAAACUCCGGUUCCAUGGACCGCAAAACACUCAUCGAGACUCUCAACAAACAUUUUGAAAGAACCAAGACCAUUGGUAUUCUGGAAGGCCGCGAGCGAAGGAACAAGAAACGUGGCGGCGGAGGUGAGGAUGGGUCUGACGACUCUGGGAAGGAAUCUUCGAAGUCCACACCUCAAAAGGCGGAUGGAAAGCGACGGAGUUACACUGCCGACAGAAAUCCCAGUGGUUCGACGAAAUCUCCCAACCAUUCGAGUUCCCCAAUUGAGCGGGAGUCCCAGUUUAUGGAUGCCGACGAGGCAGAUGUCCAACAGCAGAUUAAACACCAGCUAGUUGCAGGCGCCAACAUCCUCUCUCCGGAAGACGGGCAUAUGGCAAGCCCUCGCACUAUUCGAGGCUCUCCAAUGCGCGCCAACCGGCCUGUACCCAGUGAUGCAGCGUUAUUACCUCGCUCAGUCCGUUCGCCCGACCUAUUGUCCUCUGGGCUCGAUCAUUCAUUUGAGAAGCAUAAUGCUGACUCGGACAUCCACAACGACCAACAUAGUCUUCCGAACGGAUCAGAGCAGUCGGUGCGAGGUGGUUUCAAUGUUACUCUCCACGAGGCUUCAGCCCCAUUGGUUGGUUCCUUCAAUCCAGAAGCCGCACCUUCUGGUCCACAACCGUUAACCUUUACGGAGCAGCUUGCACAGCGCCUCCAUUCGCACGGACGUGCACCGUCAUUACCUACGGCAAGCUCGACGCCAAUCCUGGCCCUCCCAAUGCUCUCUGAAGAGACUGACCCUGCCAUCCCUGCGCCUCCACCUGUCCUGUCCCCUCCACUACGAGAAUCAUGUGAAGAUGCAUCACAACCGUUGUCCCCGCCGCCGCCGCCGCCGCCACCACCACCACCACCACCACCACCACCGCCUCCUCCAAGUCACCUAGGAAAUCGUCCUACGGCUUCGUCUCUCCCUCCACCACCUCCACCACCACCUCCGCCGCCGCCGCCAGCGAAGGGUGUUGCAUCCGCCCCUAACUCUACACGAGCGUCGAUGUUACUGAGUGCGGGUCUGAGCGUAAUGGUCUCAGCACGGAAAGAUAUGCCGUUUACUCCAAAUACUAAAAUGAAACAACUGCAAUGGGAUAAACUAGCUCAGCCGCAGGUGGCAAAAACACUUUGGAGUGAUGAAGACACGAAAAAGGAACAAGAGAUCCUUGCUAAGCUACAAGCAGAUGGUGUUUGGGUUGAAAUGGAGGAAGAUUUCAAAGCUAAGCAACUCAUGAUCAAUUUACUGGCCCGACAAAAACAGGCUGAGCUGAAAAGUGUGCUUGAUCCUCAAACGAAGAAACGCGUUGAGAUCCUUAUCCAACGCGUGAAGAAGCUCGAACCAGAGGAAAUUGCCCGGAAGAUACGCCAGUUUGAUCAAGACAUGUGCACUGAAGUCUUCCUCCGUGAACUCAAGCCAGUACUUCCAACCCCAGAACAGGUGGGCAAGCUCAAUGUGUACCGUAAUGCAGAACCAGAGGAGUUGGCAGGCUUGCAUGGCUCGGAUCGUCUCAUGGUCAAGCUCAUCCAGAUUAAGCGGCUUGGCCCUCGGAUUGAAGGAAUGCUGUACAAGUGCAAAUUCGAGGAACAGUGGUCGUUACUAGAUGAUGGCACACGAAAGGUUGCCGAAGCCUGCGAUGUCUUGAUGCGUGCCAAACACUUCAAAGAAGUGUUGAAUCUCAUCCUCAUGAUCGGAAACUACAUGAAUGGUACUGGGAUCAAGGGCGGGGCAUGCUGGCUGAGUGACAAGCAGCUUGUGGACACAAAAUCCGUUAACAAUACGACCCUUCUGCAUUUCCUGGAGCGCACUAUACAAAAACAUUUCCCUCACAUGGACGAAUUUUUGGAUGAGCUCUCUAAACCCGCUGAGGCUUAUAGAGUGAACAUGCAGGAUGUACGGAAAGACUUGGGCGCGCUUCGCGAGGGAUUGAAACGCAUCCGUCAAGAACUCAACGAUUACUACAGUGACAUCGACCAAAACGACGGCUUCAGUCGGCAGAUGUGGCAAUUCGUUGGAAGGGCCGGCUCCAAACUAGAAGACCUCACUGAUGACGUCUCUCAUACUGAAACGAGCCUCGCCGAAGUCAUUCGCUAUUACGGAGAAGACGAGAAAAACAUAUCGUCAACCGAGUUCUUUGCAAUAUUUAAGACUUUUGUUACCUCAUUCAAGAAAUGCAAGACAGAGAAUCGUAGCGCGGCGGAGGAGAAGCAAGCCACAGAGAGACGAAAGCAGGCCAUGGCGGAGUCAAGGAUACAGCGAGCAAAUGUCCAACGAUCGGUUGCUGACGAAGAGGAUAAUGCCGUGCUAGAUAACUUGCUCGACAAACUGCGAAAUGGUGACUCGAUCGUGCGCAAGGACCGUAAAAAUCGCAGACCAGACGCCAGACUUGCACUCCCUCUUCUCGACACAAGUACAGUUUCCGACAAAGCCAAAGGCAUGUUAGCACAACUGAAAGCCGAUGGUUUUGAUGCUUCGUUGCCUGCUUCUCCCAAUUUCACUGCUCCAAGGAGACGCGCGCGGAAACGAAUCCCAGAGACGCUGAGCGAAGCUGGGGAACCUCAAACUGAUCUGACACUGGCUGUCAAUACCCGACCAAGUACACCAGAAUUGACACUGGACACCGGAUCGGACACCACCUUUACUUAAUACGUUACAUGUUUUUUUCUUAUUUAUACUGUACUUUCGAAGUUCUGUGUACGCUGAAUCUGCAUUAUCAACGUGGAUUAUUCACCGGUGACAUAUUCGCCCCGUCAACCAGCCUUCAGGUAACCGCGGUUUUUACAACACUCAUCGCACUUCGGUUUAGUACUAUCAACUUUCCUAGUACCCACUCACUUUACAGUGAUCUAGGCCAAUAUUAGUCAAAUCAUAAGCGGGGAGGCAACUUGUAUUUUAUUGCGCACCGAUGCUGCUAAUGCUUGGGUCAGGGUUGCCCCACCAGUACGGAAAAUUGAUGAUAUUUCCGCCGGC